AUGAACGAUAAAAGUGCUGGUCUGAUCAUACUGCUCGCUACUUGGACAAUAACUAUCGGCUCAGGCAUCUCUUUCCUGUAUCUGCGGAAUGAUCCAUCGAAAAUGUAUUAUUUAUGUUGGAUAUUGAUUUCUCCAACAAUGUUUUGGGUUUGGACCUUUAUAGCAUGGUUCAAUGCAGAAAUGUUCAGAAACGCAAAAGUUCUUCCAAUUGACAAUACUGAUAAAGACUGA